AUGCUUGAAUCUAAAACUUGUGCUGUUGAUAUAGCUUCUCCAAAAGAGAAAAAUACAGAACGGGGAGGAUGGACAGGACAACUUGAUUUCAUUCUUACAUGUAUUGGUUAUGCUGUUGGUCUUGGCAAUAUUUGGCGAUUUCCUUACCUUUGUUAUAAAAGUGGUGGAGGAGCCUUUUUCAUUCCAUAUUUUUUGUUUUUGAUCCUUUGUGGUGUUCCACUGUUCUUCCUUGAAGUGUCUUAUGCCCAGUUUGCUAGUUUGAGUCCAAUAACUAUAUGGCGAAUAAGUCCUCUUUUCAAAGGUAUUGGCAUUGGAAUGGUAAUAGUGUCAGGAAUUGUGUGUGUGUACUACAAUGUUAUUGUGGCAUGGACUUUAUAUUAUUUGUUCAUGUCCUUCCGAAGUCAGCUACCUUGGAGCACCUGUACGAAUACAUGGAACACUAAACACUGUGUUGAAGAUGGACAUUAUAAUACAAGCCAGUUUUUUAAUGCAAGUUUAGAUGGAAACAGUACAUAUGAUAUUUUUAAUGCAACAGCAAUGACAUUCAACCAUUCCAUGCGUAGAUCUGCAAGUGAGGAAUACUGGGAACGACAAGUUCUCCGCCUUACCACUGGAAUUGAGUCACCAGGUGUUAUCCGAUGGGAACUUCUUUUGUGUUUGAUGCUUGCUUGGGUGUUUGUCUUUUUGUGUCUAUUUAAAGGAAUUGAAGUACUGGGAAAAAUAAUGCACUUUGCUGCACCAUUCCCAUAUGUUGUGUUGUUUAUUCUUUUGAUUCGGGGUCUUACAUUACCUGGUUCACUGGAUGGGAUAAAGUUUUAUAUAAUACCAAGGUUUGAAGAGCUGAAAAAAUUUCAGGUUUGGGGGGAUGCUGCCCUGCAAAUAUUUUAUUCAGUUGGAAUGGCCUGGGGUGGUAUAAUUACCAUGGCCAGUUACAAUAAAUUCAAUCAUGAUGUAUACAAAGAUGCCCUUAUUGUUCCUCUGAUCAACUGUGGUACCAGUAUCUUCUCCGGAUUUGUUAUCUUUGCCGUUCUUGGUUUUAUGGCUCAUGAAACUGGUGUUAGUGUAGAUCAUGUUGUUACACAAGGUCCUGGUUUAACAUUUGUUGCAUAUCCUGAGGCCCUUUCUAAAUUGCCCAUAUCUUCUUUAUGGGCAGUACUUUUCUUCUUGAUGUUAUUCAUCAUUGGUCUUGAUAGCCAGUUUGGAAUGUUUGAAACCAUGUUGAGUGCAUUCAUGGAUGAAUAUCCAACCUAUCUGCGAGGAAAAAAGACACUUAUCUGUGCCAUUGCUUGCUUUGUUGAAUUCCUCUUGGGAUUACCAUGUGUCACACAGGGAGGUAUCUAUGUCCUGCAGAUCAUGGAUUGGUAUUGUGCAAGCUUCUCCUUGAUGUUAAUUUCACUUGCUGAAUGCGUUGUCAUAGCAUGGAUUUAUGGUGCUGAUCGUUUCUACAAAGACAUUGAGCUCAUGAUUGGUUACAGGCCCUGCAAAUGGUGGAAAAUUAGCUGGUGCUUUAUUACUCCAGCAACUAUUUUGUUCAUCUGGCUAUUCAGUGUCUCCACUUUGGGGCCUGUGACUUACGGAACCGUCACAUAUCCCGCUUGGGCUAUCAGAUUCGGAUGGUUGCUUGGGCUGAUAUCUUUGAUCCCAACUCCAACUGUUAUGAUUUAUUCUGUCUGGAAAGCAGAAGGAAGUCUUAAGGAGCGUAUCAAGUCGCUAAUAAAGCCUGCACCAAGCUGGGGACCGGCAUUGCCAGAAAACCGAAAACUUUAUCUGGCAUCUCUGUGA